GCCUCCAAUGUCUGCAUGAGAUUGAGAUUGAGAGAGAGAGAGAGAGAGAGCUAGGGUUCCCCUUGAGGCCCUGCAUCAGUUUUCUUCAUAGAAAGAGAGAGAGAGGGAGAAAGUUUGGAAAUUUUUGUUAUCUGGGAUAUGGCAUUCAUACACAGUCAGCACUCGUUGACACUUACCUUUGGCCUCCUAGGUAACUUAAUCUCAUUCCUGGUGUACUUGGCUCCAGUGCCAACAUUUUAUCGAAUUUACCGAAAGAAAUCAACUGAGGGCUUCCAAUCGCUGCCUUAUUUGGUGGCGUUAUUCAGUUCCAUGCUUUGGUUGUACUACGCAUUAGUUAAAAAAAAUGCGGAGCUUCUCAUCACCAUCAACUCAUUUGGAUGUGUCAUAGAGAUGAUCUACAUCGCCUUGUACAUUGCUUACGCACCAAAUCUUCCAAGGAAAUUUACUGUCAAAGUGUUUGUUUCUAUGAACAUGGGAUUGUUCUCCUUGAUCGCUCUUACUUCACAGUUUCUUGUGAAAGAUUCACACCGUGUCCAAGUCCUUGGAUGGAUUUGUGUUGCUAUUUCUGUGAGUGUCUUCGCAGCGCCCCUAAGCAUUUUGGCACAGGUAAUUCGAACAAGGAGUGUUGAGUUUAUGCCGUUUACUCUAUCAUUUUUCCUCACAUUAAGUGCCAUAAUGUGGUUUGCUUAUGGUCUUUUCCUCAAGGACAUUUGCAUUGCUCUCCCAAAUAUCCUGGGUUUUGUCUUGGGGCUGCUCCAGAUGCUGCUGUACGCACUGUACAGGAACUCCAAAAGGGUAACUGCAGAGCAGAACAUAAAAAGUAUAGUGAUAUUAAGCACGUUGGGGGCUUCUGAAGUGUAUCCGCUGGAUGCUCAACCAUAUAUUACUAACAAAGAUGCAAAAGAGCAUGACCAAACUGGGGUCGACCUUGAGAAAAGCAUGGAAGCCCCGGUUCAUCAUGAACUCCAAGCAAUUGAAUGUGCAGUUUGAUUCACAUGAAGUAUCUAUCAUCAUCCAUCCUGUUACCAGUACUACUACUGCUCAGCCCCAAAAGUGCUGCACUUCUUAUUUUCCUCUCUCUCUCUGUCUAUGUGUGUUUAUAUCUCUCUCCUCUUGAACGUGCACGGCACGUGAUUGCUAUCAUAUGUAUGAAUCAAAAAUACAAUGUUCAUCGUUGUUGAUUUUAUUCCACAUGUGACAUAUUUGUG